CCCAUCAUUGGAGAGAAUGUUGGUACGUGAGUCAGCGUCCUUUGGCAGUGUUCUUUCGAGGGUUGGUUUCUGUCGUUUUGGCCCACGUGGUGUCUGACGAGGACACAGAGAAUUAGAGGGUUGGUAUUGAAUUUCCGCGGAGUAUAGAAGAUUGUGUAGUGCGUGUGUCUGUGUUGUGGAUCCUGUUUUCUUGCGUCCAGAGGUGGCAGCAUCUCCAGCUCAGCGUCAGCGAAAAAGAUGGGGCUGUUGCUUUCUCACAACUAACUCAACUCAACUGAGAUUGUUCCGACGACACAUCAGCCAACAUCUUGCAACCGCUAUACGACGAAAAAGAUAGAUAAGAUCAAGCCAAACAGCGCAGCAAUAGCCACCACUCAUCCUUAGUUGGCAGCCAUACUGUACUAGUAUCCUCCCUGAUUGAUUAGCGAAGAUCCAAGUGAAGCAUUGCCAUAAAUUGGGAUUGUCUCAAGUUGACAAGCAAGUCCUAUCACACUCAGAUACCCCUCUCUUCUACCACCACUAUUAAUACCGGUACCACCAAGAUGACAGGUUUCUCUGUAUGCAAUGUCAUGCUGGCCCUGAACCUUUUGGUUGUGGGAGUCCCUGAAUCUGCAGCUUUCUCUCCUGCUCUCUUUGGCAGCUCAUCACGUACAAGCACAACAAGUACUACCAGCAAGUCUGGUCUGUAUAUGAGCACUUCCACCUCAGCGGCCGAGUUUGAACUUCCUGAAGACUUGCCCAAUGACGGCAACAAGAGAAGCAGUGGUGGAGAACCUUCAGCUGAUGGAGUUUGUCCUCUGAGUGAGACACGACGCCUUCGACUGCAAGUGGAGGCUGAAGCCAGGGAACGCUUUGUGCUCGGGGAAGAACUCCAUCAGUUGCGAAAAGAUGUACUGGACUUGAAAGAACGACUGGAAAAUGCGCGCAUGAGCUUUGCCACGGAACGAGUGAAAGAGUUGGAGAGAGCCAUUCUUCAGGCACAGCAAGUCGAUGCCGAGUAUGUCUACCAAGUGGCCCAAGAGCAAUUGCUAUUGGCAAAUGACAAACUUACACAAGAAGAAAAAGCCAUGUGGGAAAAGGAAUCUCAAAUGGCAAGAGCUGUUCUUCCUCAGUUCCACUUGGAAGGCCUCUGGGUGGGAAAGUAUUCCGACGAAGGAGGAUUCGAACUCAUCAAUGUCACUUACCAUGGAGAUACUCUAGUGGCACACAAACUCACAUCACAGCAGCAACAAGCCAAUGUGCCUAUGGGACAAGUCACUUUCCAAGUCGAUCUAUCGCCAGUGUCAUCCACCAGCAAUGGCAAUAGCAACAGCAAACCAACCAGUACUAGUACUACUGGAGGGGAUUCUUUGGAACCCAUUGAGUUGGGAGAAAGUGCCGCCAAGCAAUGGGGAUCCAAGUUCCUCUCUCGAUAUGCUGGACAAGGACAAGUGGCUGCUCAAGGACAUCGCAAUGCGCAGUGGAUUGACGGACAUCUCAUCUUGGUAGGAGAGUACUUUUCCUUUGCUUGGUUGGGAAUUGGACAUCAAGUAUUCUUUGGAAGACCUUCUGCAGAGCUUACCCUGCAACUGCUCAAGGAACAACAGCAACAGGAACACCAAUCCAGCACGGAUGACGCUUGUCGAGAAGACAGAGCCUAUCUCGCAAGAUGUUGGGAAGAAACAGAGUUGCUGCAAGAUGAACUGGAAGUACAAGACAAUGUGCAUCUCGAGCAACAAGACUACUACGCCAUGGAAGGAUGCUUCGAGUGAGCAAUCAAUCAAACAAUCACACUCGACUCAAACUUAUUCAACAGACACGACAAUCGAUUCGAAUCGAUUCGAUCGACGGAUGCAUGCACAUACAUGUAGAUACAACAUACUUUGUACAGAAAAGAGGUGGAAAGGUGCAGACUAAGAGCGCACGAAUACACAACAAAGCCAACGACGACACUUACAUGUCAGACAAGACCAGCGCUCGUGGUACUACGAGUACUACUCUCAUUAUCGCACCUUUCACACUCCUCGUGUCACCUACGACAAACAAAACAAUACGCAACAGAAACAAUACUAGUGUAGCCUACUACGUACUCUAUUGUACGCCAUGUUAAACUAAGAGCUCAACACUCAUCU